AUGAAUCUGGAAUCCCAAUCAGAGCCCAGCUCAUCAGAAACCGUUCCAAACUCCGAAUCACUGCCGAUAUCCAGAACUAUCCCCAUGUGGCCAUCCUACCCUCCACCACCACUCCAAGCAGUGGACCUGAAGAGGAAGCAAGGUUUUAUUGGUUUGUCUUUCCCUUGGUUACAGCUCCAAAACGGUCAGGAGCUACAAGAGCUUCAGAAAAGGGCAGAGAAAUACCCAUGUGCCAGUCCUCGCUGGCUAUGGGGAAGCAAGGUUAGCCUCAUAGUCUAUGACCCGGACUACAUGAAGGUGAUCCUGGGGCGAUCAGACCCAAAGUCUGAUGCUUCCUACAGAUUCAUGGCUCCCUGGAUAGGGUACGGUUUGCUCCUGUUGAAUGGGCAAGCGUGGUUCCAGCACAGGCGGAUGCUGACCCCAGCCUUCCACUAUGACAUCCUGAAGCCCUACGUGGGACUCAUGGCCGAUUCUGUCCGAGUGAUGCUGGACGAAUGGGAGGAGCUCCUCAGCCAGAACUCACCUCUGGAGAUCUUUGGACGCAUCUCCUCGAUGACGUUGGACACCAUUAUGAAGUGUGCCUUCAGCUACCAGGGCAACCACCAGGCAGACAGGUACUCCCAAUCCUACCUUCAGGCCGUUCGGGACCUGAACAACCUGGUGUUUUCCCGGAUAAGGAAUGCUUUCUACCAGAAGGACAUCAUCUACAGGCUGACCCCUGAAGGCCGCUGGAACCACCGGGCCUGCCAGCUUGCCCAUCAACACACAGACCGAGUGAUCAAGCUGAGGAAGGCUCAGCUGCAGGAGGAGGGAGAGCUCGAGAAGGUCAGGAGCAAGAGGCACUUGGACUUCCUGGACAUCCUCCUCUUUGCCCAAUCUCAGGUGGGCAAGGAGGUCUCGGUGUUGACGGGGCUUCGCAGGAGUGAGCAGGUGGCCCAUAGCCAAACCUCCAAGGCUGUGGCCUUCUUCUAA